AAGGUGUACACAUGCAAGGUUCCUGGAUGUGGUAAAUGCUUCAAACGUAGUGAACACUUGAAGAGACACGUUCGCAGUAUUCAUACUGAUGAGAAGCCUUUUAUGUGCCACUGCGGAAAGCGUUUCUCUCGCCAUGACAACCUCAACCAACAUGCCCGUGUUCAC